AUGGCUUCCACUUCUCCGUCUUUGCAGGAGAAACUGGACAAGAUUCGGUCUCCGAAUCUCCAGAGUCAGAAACAGACUGCCAGUGUCCUCGAGGCUAUCGAGGCCACCUUCAAGGAGCGCAACACACCCGCGACUCCUACCGCCUACUUCGCCGCCCUUCUCAGUCUCCUCAACAACGAGAACCUCGCGACCCCCGUCGUCUACCUCCUCGAUGUCGUCACUCCCUUCGCCCCGAAGCCUAUCCUCCAGGCCAAGUUCACCCAGAUCAUCACCAUCCUAGCGCCGGUACUAUCCCUCCCCGAUGCUGAUGCUCCCCUUAUGAGGGCCUCGAUCGGCUCCCUCGAGAGCUUGCUCCUUGCUCAAGAUGCGACACAAUGGGAGCUCGGCACCGCCCAGAUUGGCCCCCGCCGGGCUGUCGCCGGUCUCCUUGCACUUGCUCUCGACCCCCGCCCAAAGGUCCGCAAGAGAGCCCAGGAAGCGCUUAGGAACAUCUUGAAGAACCCUCCCCCGAGCCCUUCUCUCGACCAUCCCGCCGCCCCCAUGUGCGCCGAGACCGCCAUGCAGAGCCUCCGUCUUGUCGCCGAGAAGGCCGCCGCCCAGAGGAAGGAGAAGAAGACUACCGACUCCACCUUUGAUCCCGAACUCAUUCACGCCUUGCAACUCGUCAAGACUGUCGCCUCUGGAAGCGGCGGCUGGCCCAGCAAGAGCAUCGAGGCUCUUUGCGAGCUCCUUCUUAACAUCGCAAAGACCGGCAACGAGCACAUGAGCAUGGCUGUCUUUGAGAUCUUCGAGAUGAUGUUUGAGGGCAUGGCCGCCGACGAGGUCGCCUCCGCCAAGCUUCCCCGGCUGCUCGAGAUUAUCAGGGAGCUUCGCCCCGCGCCCAACGACACCCAGCUUCUCCCUCCUUGGAUCGCCAUUCUGUCGAGAGCCUACGAUGUCGCCGGUCAGAUUUCGCCCGCCGAGACCUUCCAGGAGCUGGUCGAUCCUUUCACUCUGGUUUCCGGGUACCUUGAGUCUCAGCACAAGAACAUUCGCGUUUCGGCGUCCGAAUGCUUGGUUUCGUUUUUGGCCAACUGUGUUCCCAAGGAGGCCAUUCUGGAGCCUUCGAUCUUCGACGAGAAGAUUAUCCAGCAACUAGUCAAGGUCGUCGAGGGCCUUCUCACUGUUCAGUACCAGGCUGCCUGGAUGGAGACUUUCAACGUCCUCGGUGCCAUGUUCGAUGCCUUUCGGUGGCAGGCUAACCCUUACCUCCUUUCCGUCGUCAAGAGCAUCGGCGAGAUGCGCGGCAACGAUUCUUUCGCUGGAAAGCAGGAAGCCGACGAGGUCCUUGGCAAGGCGAUUCGUGCAAUGGGUCCUGAGGCGGUCCUGAACGUGCUUCCCCUCAACCUCGCGAAGCCCGCCAAGGGUCAGCCUGGCAGAGCUUGGAUGCUUCCUCUUCUCCGCGACUACACCUCCAACACCAACCUUGCGCACUUCAAGAGCGAGUUGGUUCCCCUCAGUGCUAUCAUGUUCCAGCGUGUGAUUGAGCAUCAGGGCGAGAAGAACAUUCACAUCAAGAUCUUCGAGACUGUUGUUCAGCAAAUUUGGUCGAUUCUUCCCGGCUACUGCGACCUUCCCCUUGAUCUCACCGAGGCCUUCGAUACUGGCUUCGCUGAGAUGUUGACCAACCUUUUGUAUGAGCAGGUUGACCUCCGCUUGGAUAUCUGCCGUGCCCUCAGGAUCGUUGUUGAGUCCAACCAGGCCAUCGCCACUUCCGAUGAGGUCGAUGACCUUAUCCUCCUCGGCAGGGUCAGCAAGGAGCAGGCCCAGAAGAACCUCGAAUACCUCGGAACCACCUUUGCGGCCGACUUCCUCGCCGUUCUCUUCAACGUCUACAGCACCACUCUUCCCCAGAAGCGCGGCCCUGUCCUCCAGACUAUCAACGCCUACCUCAGCAUUAUUCCCCCCGCUCGCCUUACUGAGACUUUCAACAUGGUGUGCGAGAAGCUUGCCGAGGCUCUUCAAGAGGUUAUUGAGAAGAAGCCCCAGCAACAGCAGAAGGCCGAUCACAUGCCUUCUGCUGCUCACACUCUUAUGGAUCUGGUCGUUACCAUGUCCAUCUACCUCCCCCGCGACAGCUUUGAGGCUCUUUUCAAGAUUGCUUCGGUGGUCAUCUUCAAGGAUGAUGAUCCUCAACUGCAGAAGAAGGCUUACAAGCUCAUUCCUCGCUUGGCUGACUCGCCCAUUGGCAAGGCUGCCCUCGAGGAGAGACAUGGUGAGCUCCAGACUCUCUUCCUCUCUAGUUCCGAGAAGGUGUCGGCGCCUGCCCGCAGAGAGCGUCUUGCUGCCAUUGCUGCUCUGAUUCACUUCAUCCCCAACGACUCCCUGCACUUUAUCCCCUCCAUCCUUUCGGAGGUCGUCAUCGGCUGCAAGGAGCACAACGAGAAGGCUCGCACUACCGCUUUCGACCUCUUGGUUCUCCUUGGUCAGAAGAUGGUUCUUGCUCAGGGCUCCUUAAUCGAUAACAGCAAGGUCCCUCACAUGCCCGCAGAUGCUCCUCCGGCUACCGCCUCUAUUGAGGAAUUCUUCACCAUGGUCAGUGCCGGUUUGGCUGGUAGCACCCCUCACAUGAUCUCGGCCUCUAUCACUGCCAUUACCCGCGUCCUUUACGAGUUCCGCGAGGCCGUCAGCAAGGAGACUUUGUCCGACCUCGUCCAGACCAUGGACCUCUUCCUCACCUCCAACAACCGCGAGAUCGUGAAGAGCGUUCUUGGCUUCGUCAAGGUUUGCAUCAUCAGCUUGCCUACCGAGAUGAUGGUCCCCCGCCUUCCCACACUCAUUCCCAACGUUAUGGUUUGGAGUCACGAGCACAAGGGUCACUUCCGCUCCAAGGUCAAGCAUAUCGUCGAGCGCAUGAUCCGCCGCUUCGGCUUUGAGGCCGUCAGCAAGUACUGCCCUGAAGACGACAGGAAGUUGAUUGUCAACAUCCGCAAGACCAAGGAGCGUGCGAAGAGGAGAAAGGAGGCCGGUAAGGAGGGUGGCGAGGGUUCGGACGACGAGGCCGGUGGCAGGAAGGCCAGCCGGUUCGAGAGCGAGUACGACCACGCCCUUUACAGCAGCGACGACGACAACGAGUCGGAGCAGUCCGACGACUCGGACGCCGAGAUGACGGGCAAGCGCAGCAAGAAGGGACAGUCACAGCAGAAGGGCGGCAACACGUACAUUCUGGAGGACGAGAACGAGCCUCUGGAUUUGCUCGACCGCAACGCCCUCGCCAACAUCUCGUCCACCAAGCCGACCAAGCUCAAGAGGCACACCACCAAGUCCAAGGCAAAGACGGACAUGGACGGCAAGCUCGUAUUUGGCGAGGACGGCGAUGUCAUGGAGGUCGACGCGCCCAAGCGCGGCAACGACGACGAGGACGGCGUUGGUGCCUACGUGGCGGCGCUCAAGGGCAAGGAUGCGCCCACGAGAGGUCUCCGCGGCAAGCUCAAAUUCUCCAGCAAGGGCAAGAAGAACGACGAUAGCGAUGACGAGGAUGAUGGUAUGGACAUCGAUGAUAACACAGCCAAGGAGAUCAGGCAAAAUAUGGGCCGCGGUGGCCGUGGCGGUGGUCGUGGCGGUGGCCGCGGCUUCGGUGGCGGACGCGGUGGUGGUGGUGGUGGUGGUGGCCGUGGCCGUGGCUUCGGUGGUGGACGCGGUGGUGGUGGUGACAGGAGAGGUGGCUUCGGUGGUGGCCGGGGUGGUGGUGGCGGUGACAGGAGAGGUGGUCCUCGCGGCGGUGGUCGCGGCGGCAACGAUUCAGGCAGGAGGAAUUUGGGCGAGGGUAGGAGGACAGGUGGACCUAUGCGUGGAGGUGUUAGCAAAGGCGGAAGAGGACGGAACUAA